AUGGCCAUGUGGAGCGGCUAUACGGCUAACCUAGAGCAGAUAGUUCAUGGGUUUCCCCUAGAUAAAUUCAAGAAGCAGCAAGAGAAGUGCCAGUCAACGAGCAUUGCAGCAGCUAAUAAGUCCACAAUUCAGAAAUCCACACCUGUAGCUGCAGCACUCUCAGCCAAUGCAAGAACCCCUGCUCCUGCCGUUAAAUUUUCAAAUGAUACAGAGAGACUUCCAACACAUCAACAGCAUUUGGAAAGCCCUGUAGGAGCUCAGAUCAAGCGUGUUGUAGAUCUGCUACUGGAGACAAGGCAAGCCUUCACACUGGAGCAAAUAAAUGAAUCAUGUUAUGUUGACGCGAAUGCCAACAAAGCUGUCUUUGACAGUUUGAGGAAUAACCCGAAAGUGCACUAUGAUGGGAAGCGUUUCUCUUACAAGCAUGAUCUAAAGGAAAAGAGUCAGCUUCUUUACUUAAUAAGGAAAAAACCAGAGGGCAUUGCUGUCAUUGAUCUUAAGGAUGCAUACCCAACUGUGAUGGAUGACUUGCAGGUACAUGUAAUAUUUGAUUUCCCCAUUUUGUUUGAUGAACUUUUACAUCAUGAUAUUCAUGAUUUCAUAAUAGAACCAGAAUUUUGUUCAGAGAAGUCUCUGGAAAAAACUGCUAGGCCUUUUGGCCUUGUGCAUGCCUCCCUCUUUCUGUAA